AUGGACAACGGGGUUUAUGGAUCGCUCCUGAAACCAUGGCCGCAUUUGGGAGAUGACAGGGCUGCACCCGUCAAUCUGGGACAUUUGCACCUGAUUCUGGUGGCUCCGCCGCCACCAGUGGAGUGGGUUUCUUCUUCCUUUUUCUCCACUGGGGCAUCUGGUUCAGGCGGUGGGAGUGGAGUGGGUUUAUUCCUCCUUUUUCAACACGGGGAAUGGUGGAUUUGGGACGUGGUUUUGGGCGGCGUGGAGGCUGAAGGCUUUCUGGCGUGGAGGGUAAAAGCUAUUGCCGACACAGAGGCGGAGGCGGUGGUGGUGGUAGUGCCGGCACAGAGAAGACAUGGGGAAGAAAAUCACAGGCUACAUCCGGGUGCUUGGAGAGGUAUUCCAAGUGGCCUUGAGGAAAGUACACCACGGUCGUCCCCUUUUAGGAAACGAAAUCAAAGUCCCAACACAAGCAUGACAUAG